CAGAUCUUGACACACAUUCUAAACAAAGCAAAACAAAACAAAAACACAAAGAUACGCUGCGCAAAAGACUUGGGAAAAUCAACUUUGUAUUGUGUCUAUGGGGAAGAAAGAUGAUCUUAGCAUCAACUCUCUGAGUUAUCAUUCCACAGAAGACGAAGAAGACAAAAGCUGCAAGAACAGUCUCUUCUUUGGAUUGUUCGAUGAUUCUGAAUCCACGAGGCUAAGAAGUGGGAGCAUGAAGAGACAAUACAGCGACAUGGGAGAUAUCUACCACAGAGUUUAUGAAGAACGUCAUGAUGAUGUUAACUAUGGUGAUGAUGAUGAUGAAGGAUCCAAGGUGGACAUGAGAGUCUUGAUGUUACUAGAGUAUAUGAGAGAGCUUUAUGUGGGGCAGCUUCAGCUGUUGAAGAAGAUGUUUCCAGGUGGAGCCAAAGACGAGUUUCUUGGUUUCUUUAACAAGAUCGGAGACGCUAUGUCUCAGUUCAAGAAAGAUUCUCGUCCUCUUACGAAGUCAAAGACUAUGCAGAGGAGUCUAAGUGUCAAUUUGGGACCAACAGAGUUAAGAGAUGAAAGGUUUAAAGUUACCACGGUUGAAGCCGGAGGUGCUCCAGCAGGUGGAGCUGGUGGUGCUGCCGGUGGUGCGGGAACUAGCGGUGCUGCUGGAGGAGGUAAAGGUGGCUCGGCAGCUGGUCAAGGCCAGCCUAAGAAAUAGUCAGGGUUUGUGACAUGUGGACAUGGAUGAUCAAAUCUUAUGACAUUUGUAUAUUUUGCAUUACACAAGACGUUACUCUAUGCUAAAAGGAAUGAAAUGUAGUGCUUGUGAUUUUAUGUUUGUAUUAUUUUUCGCAUACAUAGAAGUAUUAGAGUCAUCCAAAGAUAAGACUUUGGAGUUGUCAACUGAAGACAAAUCUUAGCUUUGAUAUUUCUUUGUUUGUUGUUUGGUUUGCAUAUUAUUUUAUGUUCUUUCAGUUAAUAAGAAAAACUCCGGCUUUUG